UGGUGUUGGACCAGGAGGACGGGACUUCAGCUUCCUUCUCUUUGCCUGGGUCUAGUCCUCUGAAGUGACUGCUGGGACCAAGCCUCCAAAACAUCUGUCUGGAGCCCUCCUUGGCCUGGAGAAAAAUCAUUAUUUCCAUUCUACCUAGAACUCUAUAGUGUCUAGGGAGAAAAACAAUACCUCUUGGGACUUAAAAUUCGUAGUUCCUUGCAAUUCUGAGGCACAAAAGUAGGUGAGACUGCUUUUGUAUCCGCGAAGUGCUUCACUCCUGAAUGUAAUUCUAGCUGAGUGCAAUCUAGGUUAAGAGCCGGACAAGCGGGUAAUUAGAGCCCGCUCACUGCUCGAGGACCGGCCGCCCCGCCGAAGCGCGCCCCGAGUCGGCGCCCUUCUCCCAGCCGAGCCGAGCUGCGGCUGGACACGGAGCGCCCGAGAUGAUGGUGCUGGACAAGGAGGACGGCGUGCCGAUGCUCUCCGUCCAGCCCAAAGGGAAGCAGAAGGGCUGCGCAGGUUGUAACCGCAAGAUCAAGGACCGCUACCUGCUGAAGGCGCUGGACAAGUACUGGCACGAGGACUGCCUCAAGUGCGCCUGCUGUGACUGCCGCCUGGGCGAGGUGGGCUCCACCCUCUACACCAAGGCCAAUCUCAUCCUGUGCCGACGCGACUACCUGAGGCUCUUUGGCACCACCGGAAACUGCGCUGCUUGCAGCAAGCUGAUCCCAGCCUUUGAGAUGGUGAUGCGGGCCCGGGACAAUGUGUAUCACCUGGACUGCUUCGCCUGCCAGCUCUGCAACCAGAGAUUUUGUGUGGGAGACAAAUUCUUCCUGAAGAACAACAUGAUCUUGUGUCAGAUGGACUAUGAGGAGGGGCAGCUCAAUGGCACCUUUGAAUCCCAGGUUCAGUAACGCCCGGCGCCUGGCCCCUGGGCCCCUCUGCCCGCCUGCCCACCGCCCGGCGCCGCGCUCCGCCGCCUAGAGCUUCUCCGUCCUCCACGGGAGGGACAGCCCUUCCUCCACCACCGCCACCCGUCUGUGUGUGAUCCCUCCUGGGGCCAGGCGGGGCCUGUACAGUCUGUCUUCUGUAUAUAAAUGGGAACAUUUAUUUUAUGAGAAAUGUAAUGCGAUUUUAUUACUGGCGUGGAUUAAACUUAUGAAUGUUUCCGGGGAGGUUA